CAUGGUCAAAGUACCAAGGGCUAGAAUUAGAAACCCCGGCUGUCAGUAAAAUGUGUAGUGUACAGCGCCUACACCCAGGGUUGAGGCUUCGCCAGAUUGGCAAAGCCUCACACAAAAAAAGAAACAAAAAAAAAAGGGUUUGGCUUGGCGAACGUCUUGUUGACUAGCUCGACCAGGAGUUUCGUCCUGGACCUGCCUUUGAACAAUAUCCGUACACUACAUGAAAAGUCAGCCUCUAUUUCUUGAUAGGUAUAAGUAUGCUCGAUGUCAACGUCCUCCUGUAUUCGCUUUUUUUGUUAUUACUCCCAUCAUCAACACCAACAACGCCUUUACCACUGAUCUUCCUUUAUAACCAAACCCCCUUUUACAUCUCACCCAUUUCAAGCACCAAUCAAACUCUCUUUUCGUGAUUCGCCAACAGCGCAAAGCUUUGUAUAUCCAGACCAUCAAGAUGCGUGUCAAGAAUUGCGUCGUCUGGGCACUGAUGCUCGGCCCAGUCUUUGGCAAGCCCGUCCCCGUCCCGAUGCCUCCAGUAGACUCCAACAACGGUAACAACGUACAAGGAGGAGGCGGCGGCGGCUCGUCCGGGUUCACUUCCCAGAUGGGUCUGGCGCUGGGCGCUGCUGUCGUAGGCACUGCAUUAACUUGCGUUAACUAUAUCAGAGCAACCCGCGCCAUAACGCAAGCAACCUGGAAAGAAGUCUUCGAAAGAGAUAUCGGAACCCUGGAGAAAAGGAUCACCGAUAUCGAGUCCUACGAGAAGCAGCUGAACAAGGCAAGGACCGACAAGGACGGCUUUUCGUCUCAAUGGGUCAUUAACAUCAGGCAAGAGCUGUCGGUUCUGCAAGAAUCGCUCUCGAAAAGCCGAACGGCGAAUCCAAGCUCGAGCACUGCGCAGGCCCAAAGCUUUGAGGCGGGAUGUGGGGGGCUGGGGGGUAUCAAGACCAAGGUCGACACAAAGUACAACGAGGUUUCGAAGCUGCUGGAGGCAGCGCGCAAAAAGGAGCAGGAGGGAGCCACCACCAAGGCCGCCGGGACCCAAACCUCGGACAGCAGACGGAACUCCAUCUCUCAGAAGCCCCAGGGCACUGGCGGCAGGCGGAACUCGUUGAGCUCGGAGAACUCCAUAAACACGCAGAACCCGGUCAUGAGCGGGGCGCUCGGGGGAUGGCCAAGCAGCGGCGGCAACUCACCGACUUCCUCCCCGGCGAAGUCGCAGGAUGGGAUCCCCUUGACCGACCUGUCCAAAACCAAGGACACGAAGUCGACGGCGACGGGCUUGACCAGGCAGGGAUCCACGCGCGGACGGGUGGGGAGUGUGUCAACCGCCAGCACCGCCAGCACCGGCUCCGAAUUGGGCGGCAAGUUGACCCAGGCACCCGGGAAGACUGAUGCUGGCGCUUCUACCAGCGUCAGCCUGCCGGAUAGGUCGAAGACGCUUCAGAGGACGUCUACGUUCCAAUCGACGGGGAGUGGUAGCGCCUCGACGGCCAAGAAGGAUGCCUCCAAGAAAAAUCGUCGCAGUCUCAUCGCCAAACGUACACUUCCUCUCUAUUUCGAGAUUUAG